AUGAGUGACCCGGCGAGGAAACGUCGGGCUGUAGGACCCCCGCAGUCUCAACAACCCCAAACCAUCCACAGCAUGCCACGGUCUCUCACCAGCGAGACGCAUGUCACCGCUUACGGCAACCAAAUCGGCAUAUUCCCAUCGACAAACAGUCACACCAACUUUGUUAUCCCUGGGACUGUUCCCGUGGACCCGUUCUCAACGCAGUUUGGCGGCGUAUCGUUGCUCCCGCUAGCGGGCGGCGUCCAGCCACAGUUCUACUCUGCCGGCGAUAUUGGCCGAACGGCGCUCUUGACUACUGAGACCGGACAAUGGCAGAGUCAAGGAGGCGUGUCCGAAGCUUCCCUUGCAGCUCCAGCAGCUGAUUACGACAUCAAUGAGUUAUCCGGCUUGGAUACAGAGGACCUUUGGAAGGGUGUUUCCCUGUACAAAGUGGAUGGAGGUGUGAGCUUUACGGCGCCCACCGUUGUAGGCGCCCCAAAGGUUUGCUCUCGGAAACGAGGCUUCGACGAGUUUCGUGGUGCUGCUGAUGGGCUUGCCUCAGAAACCGCGUUGCCUCCCCUCUUCACAUCCGUGCCUAACAUCCGGUCCCGCGGGGCCCAUCGUCGCAUACCAAAUCCCUUUCUGAACUCCGCCGAGGACCGAUAUCCCACCCUUGCCAACCGAGUGCGCCCCGUGAUACCAAAAAACGGCGUUAUUGAUGGAUAUAUAAAGACGCGCAUGUUAACGUCUGGGGGAAAUGACACCGGCGCUACUCACAAUGUAUCCCAACGCUUUCCACCAUGGCGUCAGAACAUUUUAAAUGGCCUAGACGAUGGGGACCCGAUUGGGGGCGGCGUAUCACUUUUACCUGGCAAUUUCGCGACCGGGAUGAAGCUGGACAGGAUUGAUGAAAAGCUAUGGUCUUUCCAUCUCAACGCCUACUGCCCUGGACGGAUGUUACUCCCAGGCAAUUAUUGGUAUCACGAGGUUCCCGCCAUCGCGGUUAAGCACGCCUGUACGCGACACGCUUUGCUAGCCUUAUCUGCUUCCUACGUCCUCGACUACGAGCCAACCGAAGAAAUACGCAUGCGAGCAAACCGUCACUACUACACAGCGGUGAAGCUGCUAGAGGACGCUCUCAACAGCGAGACGACUUACGCCGUCGGGCAAGACGACGGUGUGGUUGCCGCUAUGAUCUUGAUUUUCUGCAACGAGAUCGUAAACUGGGAGUCGCGACAGUCCCAGGGGAGAGAACCGCUUUGGCGUAAAGGGUCGCGGGCCGCAAAACUUCUUCUCGACCGCGCAGACCCCGGUUAUCGGUACUGGAAACAAGAAAAUGUUCAAAGCAGCGCGGCACGCAUAGGGAACGCAAACUGGGUUGCAUACACAGAGAUUUGCGCUCAGGCCGUCACACCGCUGGCAGAAGAACUUACCGCGAACAUGUUCUCCUGGCUGCUCGCGGGCUCUGAGCAGGACGUUCAUAAGAUACAUGGGAUAACAGGCGUUUCCCCCAAACUACUCCAUCUCUGCUCUCAAAUCACUUACUUUGCUGCCCUCCUCAAAAAGGACCCUUAUUCCCAUACCGUCCUGCGCGCCGCCCGGACGGUUCGAGAACGACUCGCCAAGUUCAGCCAGUGGUCCGACCAUUCGCCCGGGUAUGCUUCAGGUGACAAAUUGAUGGCAUCGUGCGUGUUGGACAAGGAUGGGAAACUUAACAACCGUUUCAAGGUCACCGACAGUGUCCCACCCGUGUGGACGGCCGUUCAGAAUCUGUGGACUUGGCUAGACAACGAACUGAAGGAGGAAGAUUAUGACGAAGACCUCGCCAUAGGAGAUCGCCGGGCAUGGUGGGAGGACAUGGUAAACGAGUUUGUCGAGAAGAACGGAGUACUGAGUCUUGUGUAG